AGGUGAGUCUGUCCCUUCCUCAUGUAAUGGGGGUCUUGAUGUAUACUGUAUAAAAGUGGUGUUAUAAAUGACCUAUCUCAUCCAGAUCAUCAGGCUUCAAGGUGGUAAAUGAUUUCAUCAUAUGAGAAGAUUACAGUGCUUGUGUACAAAAGGAUUUUAUGAUUUAAUUUCAUGUAUUGUGCUGAUGUUGAGAAAGUUAUAACAAUGAAAGAGAAUAAGUUAUGGUUCAUAGUAUAUAUGGGACUCUGCUUAUUCACUCUUUGUGUGAGUAGUGAUCAAUGUGGUGCACCACAAGAGAGUGAGAGUACAUGUGGGUGUGCAUCAACCAGCAGAAAAUCAUCUGGAAACGCUUUUCAAUCUGAUGAACUUGGUGACGGUAUAGAAGAUAUUUCAAAAGAAGCACCAAAUUUCAAAUAUAGUCAGGAUGCCAAUGCAGUAAAGGACUCGCUUCAGACCCAUCAGAUGGUUGAAAUCCCAGGUGGCAAGUUCAUAAUGGGCACUAAUAACCCUGUGUUCCAUGCUGAUGGAGAACACCCUGCCAGAUGGGUAGAAAUUCGUGCUUUCUUUAUGGAUAUCUAUGAAGUAACUAAUGCAGAAUUUGAGCGUUUUGUCAAAGCCAACAGUUACAAGACCGAAGCAGAAAAGUUUGGUGAUUCAUUUGUACUGGAUGGGGAGUUAUCAGAAGCAGUAAAAGCGACUGUAGAAAAUGCUGUUGCUGCUGCCCCCUGGUGGGUGCCUGUAAAGGGAGCUGACUGGAAGCACCCUGAAGGCCCAAACUCUGAUAUUGCCGAUCGUAUGGAUCAUCCAGUUGUUCAUGUAUCUUGGAAUGAUGCAGCCAAAUUCUGCAAGUGGAUGGGCAAACGACUUCCGACAGAGGCUGAGUGGGAACGUGCAUGUCGAGCUGGAAAACAGGAAAGACUAUUUUCUUGGGGCAAUAAAUUUACACCAAAUAAUGUGUACAGGGCUAACAUAUGGCAGGGAAGUUUUCCAGAACAAGACACAGGUGAGGAUGGAUGGGCAGGUCGGUGCCCCGUCACUGCUUUUCCUCCCAAUGGCUAUGGCCUGCACAAUAUCCUAGGCAAUGUUUGGGAAUGGACAGCUGAUUGGUGGGAAGUUAGCCAUUCUCCAAGUCUUCAGACAAAUCCACAAGGUCCUCGGUCUGGAGACGACAAAGUCAAGAAGGGAGGCUCCUAUAUGUGCACCAAGGAAUACUGUUACAGGUAUCGAUGUGCUGCCAGGAGUCAGAACACCCCAGACAGUACUGCUGGUAACCUUGGAUUUAGAUGUGCUGCCGACCACCUUCCACAGUACAGUACUUAGAAAAUUAACAUUUGGUGUUUCUAGUUUGUUGAAUAUAAAAAUGUGCAAAGCUGAUACUAUUGGGUUUGUCAGUCUUUCAUGGUAUAAUGAGAGUGUAAUUUGUUAAUGAUUACCAUAGAUAUGUUUAUUGUACUAGGUCAGCUAUCCAUUGGUCCUGGGUUCAAAUUUUGACUGAGGAGGCAGUGAGUAAUUGAUAGCGAAUGUAGGCGGGUAGUCUUUGAUUACAUCAAGGAGUUGUAACCUUGCCUUGGCAGCUGUUCCUACCCUGUGGGUUAGCAUUAGGAAGGGCUGUAAAUCUUUGCCUCAAGAUACCUGAUGCUAACCGAGUCAACAGAGCUGGGUCCAUCUGGCCUCCUCUGCAUUUUCUUGAAUGGUGCCCUGGGUAAGUGUGAGGGGCAUCCCAUUGAGGUUUUACCCAGCAUCUGCUUGCAGGUAAUCAUGACUAACCUAUGCAAGCAUGGGAAACAACCUUGGGACCUAGAGGUGGUUUGACAAUAAAAAAAAGUGUGGGUAAUAGAAUGGUCUCCAGGUAAAGUCCCCUUCACUACUGCAUUUACAGAGGCUCGUUUUAUUAACGUCCCCACAAAUCAUUACAUUGAGAUAAUUGUUUUUAUAUUAUUUUACUUUGAUUCCAUAGUACAGUAUAUUUACUAUUGCGAGUUUACUUCUGUCAAAUGUAAACAAACACAGGGCUGUUACACUGCACAAAACCUGAUGAGUCCCUGUAAACACACUAGUGAAGGGGACUGUACAGUAGUGUAUAGCCAGCCAUACAAAGUAUAAAAAAAAAAAACUGGUUUUACUAAAAGAAAAUUUAUGAAUUUCUUUUUGAACAUCUAAUCAUUUAAAAAGAUGCAGCAGUACCUGAUCUUGUCUUCUCACAUUACUAACAGGAAUUGUAGUGCAUUAUUAGUCAUACUGAGCAUUACAACACUGCAACAUCACUUUGUCUAGUUUCUCAAGUUUUGGCUUAUUAAGCACUUUCACCCUACCAGAUCAUACAGUAUACCGGUAUAGCUUACUGCUUAUUAAGAAAUAAUUCCCGUUAUUUAUAUAUACUAUAUAUAUAUAUAUA